AGUAUUACAACGAAAAAAAUCUGCAGCACUACAACACACACUUUGAGUAGAACACAACUCUGUCACAUCUAAGCUUCAGACCCUGGCUAACACACUAAAUAGGAUAAAAGUUCAGGGUUUGCAACUUCAACUCUAACUUAGGCAUUGAAUGUCCCCUAUUGAAGAUCUCCUGGAUAAUAGUUUUGAUAAUAAGCUCAGUGCUCCUACUCUUUCCCUGGAAAAGUCUCAUGUUUCUUUCUUUCCAAAGAUGAUACACACUACCAGCUAUAGCCAUUCUGAGCAUCGGCAGUUUCCGCUUUGCAAUUAGUCACCAUGCACUGCAGCUCUUCUUGCCAUCCUAGAGCCAAAAAGUGUAACUUUACUUACGUCUUUGCAUUGACAUUACUCUUUGUUGAUGAAAGCCCAUGAAAGUGUUUGCUUUUUGUCUAGUUUGACUUUUGGUAUUACUAGCAGGAAGUAGCAGUACUAUUCUCUCUUAAAGCUCAUUAUAAACUCUUUGGAUUGCAAUUUGUCAAUAAGAAAAACUGUUUUAUUUGCCAUAAUCAUUUUCCUUCGCUGAAAGCUCUUUGAAAGUGUGGAGAUGCUAACUCACUCACAUGCGACCCAAAACUGUGUUGGGAUGAACUUGUUUCGACUCUUGCCACUUGUUAAAGUGGAGGCAAGAGCUUUUCGAUUGAUGCCACGUGCUUCAACAGGAGCGGUGACAAACAAGUCACCUCUCAUGUUCUCAUGUUGCUUAAGACUCUUGACCAUAUUUUUGUUCUCUAAGAUUUUUUCUUAAAGCUCAAAAGGGGUUAGAUAUCUAAGUAUUGAUAUUGCUAAAUUUGAAAACUGCAAGUUUUCUAUUACAGGAGUUUGUAUUCCUUUCUUGUCAUCAAGUGUGGUGAUCUAUUACUGGUCUAACUUAAGUACUCUCCAGAUGGGUUACACCUUGCCUAGUUGAGGAAUCUUGCCCGCUUGAGGAUUUUUGAUAAAAUGAAUUUAGGCCCACCUGGAUCUGGGAAAGGUACACAAUCUCCCGUUAUCAAGGAUGAGUACUGCUUAUGUCAUUUAGCCACGGGUGAUAUGCUGAGAGCUGCUGUCGCUGCCAAAACUCCUCUGGGAAUUAAGGCAAAGGAGGCCAUGGAUAAGGGAGAACUUGUUUCUGAUGACUUGGUUGUUGGGAUAAUAGAUGAAGCAUUGAAGAAACCUUCGUGUCAAAAAGGAUUCAUUCUUGAUGGAUUUCCAAGGACUGUGGUGCAAGCAGAAAAGCUUGAUGAGAUGCUUCAAAAUCGGGGGACCAAAGUUGAUAAAGUUCUUAAUUUUGCAAUUGAUGAUGCUAUUUUGGAGGAGAGAAUUACCGGGCGUUGGAUCCACCCAGCUAGUGGCAGGAGCUACCAUACAAAGUUUGCACCUCCUAAAGUUCCUGGGAUCGAUGAUGUCACUGGAGAGCCUUUGAUACAACGCAAAGAUGACACCGCUGCUGUUCUUAAGUCAAGGCUGGAAUCCUUCCAUAGGCAAACUGAACCGGUAAUUGACUACUAUGCGAAAAAGAAUAUGGUAGUGAACCUUCCUGCAGAGAAACCACCUCAGACGGUCACAAGUGAAGUGAAGAAAGCCCUCUCAUGACGGAAGGACGCUUUAACCUCUUUACUUUUCUUUUCUUUCGUCUUGAAGAUCUGAAAACUGGAACUCUGAAGUUUUGAUUAACUGACAACAUCUCUAGAGGCUGAGUCACCUUAAUGUUGGUGAGUUUAUUUCUUUCUGCACAUUGAUAGACUAGUAGGCUUUUUGCUGCCUACUACUGUGUUGUACCCAGAUUAGGAGGCCUUUAUUUUGCUGCAUAGUAGGAGCCCCACCACCUUUUCGGGGUGAUUGCCAGAUAAUUGCUGGGUUUCUGGACAUGUUUGGAUAUUUAACGCAUGUAGGCAUGCCACAUUAAUAAGAUUGCUUUCAUGAUCAAGUUUCACAAGUUAUGAUGCGAAAGUAGCAUUUUCAUAAGCAGCACUCUAUUGACCUGCUUUGAUUUUUUUUCAAUGUUGAAGUAUUUACAGUAAACUCU